AUCAGGAACAAACUGAGACACAAGCUGACUGAGACUAGAAGACAAGGAGGGGACAGGGAGGUCAUGUGACCAUCACAGCUGCUGCUGAUGUCAUCAUAUUGUGCUUUGAUGUCCUCUCAGGUUACAAGGUGGAGGUGGAUUCAGGGGUGGAGUCUGUCCUGCUGCCCUUCAAAACCAUAGUUUGUCUGCCUAAAGAUGCUAAAGUGGAGUGGAAGGACAAAGACGACAGGAAAGUCCACGUGUAUGAGAACGGCUCUGACCAGAAUGAAGAACAGGACCAGGUUUACAGAGACCGAACGAAGAUGAAGAGAAACUUACUGAAACCUGGAGACAUCAGUCUGACCCUGAAAUACCCCAUAGACAGCAACACCUACACCUGCACCGUUUACUACUGGCAACACAUCCUUAUAGAGAAAAAAGUACUACUCACUCUCAGAGUUCCCCAGGUGGAGGUGGAUUCAAGGGUGGAGUCUGUCGAGCUGCCCUUCAAAACCACACUUGACCUGCCUGAAGAAUCUAAAGUGGAGUGGAAGGACAAUGCCUGGGAUACAGUUCACGUGUAUAAGAACGGCUCUGACCAGCCUGAAGAACAGCACCAGGCUUAUACAAACCGAACGAAGAUGAAUGACCUCCUGCAAACUGGAGACCUCACUCAUGUUGUGUUUGUUGUCCUCUCAGUCUUUCAGGUGGAGGUGGAGGAGGGGGCGGAGUCUGUCAAGCUUCCCUUCAAAACCACAGAAAACCUGCCUGGAGAUGCUAAAGUGGAGUGGAAGGAUAGUCGCAUGAGGAUUCAUGUGUAUGAAGGGUUCCCUGACAAGCCUGACCAACAGGACCAGGUUUACGACCGAACGAAGAUGAAUAAAAACCCACUGAAAACUGGGGACCUCAGUCUGACUCUGAACAACCCCAUACAGACAGACAGUGGAGAAUACAGCUGUGGAGUCUCGAUUGGUGACAACAACUUAAUAAGAUACAAAACAGUGCAGCUCAGAGUCAACGGUCCAGGAUUAAACAGGACAUUAAAGAGGACAUCAGGAACAGAAGCAGCUCCAUUGAUCCGACUCCUCUGAUGGCUGAUCAAUCAGUUUGAUCUGUGUGUUCUUUGAUUAUUGAUCAGUGAUGUAUGUAAAUAUCACGAUCACAUGAACAUGUUAAUGCUUUUUGUUCUCACUUAAUUUGUCUUUUUCUAUUGGGAAUUUGGGUUUGAUCUAAAAUAUUAUAAUAAUAAUUAUUCUAUGAAUUUAACCUCCGUCACUCUGACCUUUGAACUUUUUCUGCAUUUUGUGGUUUUCCUGUGUCGGCGUUGUAAUACAGAAACACAGAUUCUACGGUUAAGUCAAGUUUCCUGGUGUUGGUGUUCAGAUGUGGUGUAGUGUAGUCCAUGCGCAGGUCACAUGACUCUGUCCAACAGCCCAGAGAAGAAAGAUGAGUAAAGCAGACGCCUUGUUUAAAGCUAAAAAUUAUAGCCCAGAAAGGGAUAACGAUGGUGUGACAGAGACGAGGAAUAUGGAAAAUCAGAAGCAGGAGCAGAAAGCACGACAGCUGAUCAGUCAAAGUCCAGGACAGGUGUUCUGACAUGAUGCAGACUGAUGAGGAAACAGGAUGGGUGGUGGGAGCUUAUAGAAACAAGCAGCAUAGCUCAAAUCUGACAGGUUUCCAUGUGCUGUUUUUAGACUGAUUAUUAUCUGUUAACACACAAAACAAAAACAGUUGGCUGACCUUUAACCUGAUCGAGUGUUCUAGCAGUUACAUAGUUACAUGGAGAAACCUUUUGAAUACAAGUACGCUCAUCCCCACACGUUUACACAGACACAAACUAUACUUUUCUUGGCUGCUACC